AUGUCCGACGACUUCAGCACGAAAAACUGGGUUUGGGUCCCGGAUAGAGAUGAGCUUUUUGUCCGAGGCUAUAUCACUGAAUACCAGAAAAAUGACCUUUGCAAAGUUACGGUGAAGAAAAAUGGAACAGAAACUGUCCAAGAGCUCCCUCUGAAGGUCUUGGAGAAUUGCAAUCCUCCCAAAUUCAACAAGUGUGAAGAUAUGGCCGAGUUGACGCAUUUGAACGAGCCUUCCGUCAUUUAUAAUCUUUUCCUCCGGUACAAUGACGACUUGAUCUAUACGUACUCCGGAUUAUUCUUGGUCGCUAUAAAUCCAUACAAGAAGCUUCCGAUUUAUGAACAGAGUGUAUUGAACAAAUUCCAUAAGCUGGCAGAGAAAUCCAGCAAACUGGAGGACCGCUUGCCGCCACACAUUUUCGCCCUUGCAGAAAACACAUACAGAAACUUGCUAGAGAACCAGAAAGAUCAGCUGAUCUUGGUUACCGGUGAAAGUGGAGCUGGUAAGACAGAAAACACCAAGAAAGUCAUCCAAUAUCUCUCGCUGAUCUCCACCGACGACAAGUCCGACCACGCUAAUGAUAUCCAUAAUAAGAUCCUACGAGCCAAUCCCAUCUUGGAGUCCUUCGGUAACGCCAAAACCAUCAAGAACAACAACUCGUCGCGUUUUGGUAAGUUCAUCAAAAUCUUCUUCGACACCAAGGGCCUCAUCUCGGGAGCCACAAUUGACUACUACCUUCUUGAAAAGCUGAGAGUGCUGCACCAGUCGCUGGACGAGAGGAACUACCAUGCAUUCUACCAACUUCUUCGAGGCGAAUCAAAGGAGACGUUGAAAUCAAAGUACUUCUUGGACUCAUCAAUCAAAAACUACAACUACAUCAGUCUGUCUGUUGCCACGAUACCCAAUGUUGAUGACUCUAGAGAAUACUCCAACUUGAAAGAAGCAUUUCUGGUCAUGGGAUUUGAGGAUUCUGAAGUCGAGAACAUCUUCAUGGCUCUAGCCAUCAUCUUGCAUCUCGGUAAUAUUGAAUUUUCGUCAUGGAAAUCCGAACAAGCAAGCUUUGCCAAGGACGUUGACAUUGAUCUCAUAGCCAAGAUGCUUGGUAUCACAUCUAGUGACUUAUCAUCGAACCUCCUUAGGCCUCGCGUGAAAGCUGGUCGUGAAUUUGUCCAGAAACUGAGGAAGGCCGCUGAAGUAAAGCAAACCAUCGAUGCAUUCGCCAAACACCUUUACGAAAAGGUAUUCCAGUUCAUCAUAUUACGCAUCAAUGAAAGUUUAGGUGACUAUAAUACUGACAGCUUUAUCGGUGUCUUGGAUAUUGCCGGUUUUGAGAUCUUCGAGGCCAACUCUUUUGAGCAAUUGUGCAUUAACUACACCAACGAAAAGUUGCAACAGUUUUUCAAUCACCACUCUUUCAUUCUUGAACAGAGCGAGUACUUGCGUGAAGAUAUCCAAUGGGAGUUCAUCGACUUCGGCCUUGACUUGCAACCAACUAUUGAUCUUAUAGAAACAAAGCAGCCUAUGGGUAUCCUUGAAAUCUUGGAUGACCAGUGCAUUAUGCCCAAGGCUAGUGAUGAGACAUUCAUUUCCAAGCUUCUCGAGCUGUGGGCUGAUGGUAAGUCGAAGAGUUUCAAGGCUAAUAAGGUGAGAAACGGAUUCAUCAUCGAUCAUUAUGCUGGCUUGGUUGACUACAAUGUCGAGAACUGGAUUCAGAAGAACACAGACCCUGUGAGUGAAAGCCUCGUCCAGCUUCUUCCAGAAUCAUCCAAUGAAUUCAUCCAGAAGUUGUUCCUGAACAAUAAUGAAAGCACGCCAUCUGGAAGCAUGUCGCCUAAGAAGAAGGGAUCAAAGCUCAAGACAGUGUCUCAGAAGCACAAGGAACAAUUAGGUGUUCUCAUGGAUCAGCUCAAUAGUACUGAGCCUCACUUCGUCAGAUGUAUCUUGCCAAACUUGGCCAAGCGUCCCAAUAAGUUCGACAAAGAGCUUGUCCUCAAUCAACUUAGAUGCAAUGGUGUUCUUGAAGGUAUCAGAAUUGCUAGAGCUGGAUACCCCAACAAAAUGACUUUUGAAGAGUUCUUUGGCCGUUACGCUAUUUUGAAUGCCAACGACAUUGUCUUCACCAAGAACAUGAAGACGAACAGUGAACUCAUCCUCAAGGAUAUCCAACUUGAUCCUGAAGUAUACAAACUUGGUAUCACAAAGAUCUUCUUCAAGAAUGGCAUUCUCGGUAAGCUCGAGGAAUUGCGGGACUUGAGACUCAAAAAGAUUAUUACUGAUUUCCAAAGCGCAUUCAGAGGUCAAAUUGCUAGAUCCAACUUCAAGAAUCAAAUUGAGACAAUCCAGGCUUCGCAAGUUGUGGCAAGGAACUUCCAAAAAUUAGAUGAGCUCGUGAAUGAGGGCAAGAGUCCAUGGCUCAAAUUGUUCAUCAGUCUCAAACCACUUCUUGAAGAUUCCGUCAAGGUUCUCGAUUCUAAGGAGAUGAACGAGAGUCUCAAGCAAAUAAAUGCCAAGUUGAAGGAUACAGAGAGCGCAAGAAGCGCUUUGGAGUCUGAGAACGAGAGGCUCAAGUCCCAACUCACAAACCUUGAGGAUGAAAUAAUCAAGAACAACCUGGUGAUUUCUGAAAAGGGAGAGUUGUUGAAGAAGCUUCAGACUGAAGAAACCUCUAGAAGUGACAAAUUGAAUGAGACCAACAGACAGCUCAAGGAAGUCAUGGCCACUAGCAGCAAGCUUGCCACCGAGAGAGCGGAGAUUUCACUGGAGAUGGAUGCCAUCAAAGCUAAGCUUGAAGAACUGGAGAAGAAGGUCGAGGCAUUAACUUCCGAGCUCGCUGCAGAGAAGGAAAAUGCUAAGGGAUUAAAGGACCAGCUUGAUCAAUCAGAGAAGGACAAGAAACAUCUCAAGGAGAAUGAUGAAGUCUCCAACAGCCUUAAAAAGAGGGUCGAGACUCUUGAAGCCGAAAUUGUUGCACUCACUGCCAAAAAUGACGAGUUCCAAACAUCUCAAAGAAGUCUGGACUCCGAGCUCAAGGAGCUUAGGUCCACGCGGAGCAUCCAUGAGAGAAAAGUUAUCGAUUUGGAAGCUUUAAAGCUGUCUCUUGAGAAGAAGCUUACUCUGAUGGAGAGCGUUAAUGACAUGAAAAGAAGCACACUUACAAACAAACACACGGAGGAGCUCAGUGGUUUGCAGGUCAAAUACGAUGAGGCCCAGAAGAAGAUUGAACGUUUGCAAGAUGAGCUCAUUGAGAAACGCAGCGAGAUGAAAGAGCAAGCGGGAGAGCAAAAGGAAUUGGCAAGGAAGAUUCGGAGCUUGGAAAAUGAGCUUGGCGAUGUCGACCGUUUGAAGCUGGACUUGGAAGCUGAGAAGAAGACAAGUGCUAGGAUUCAAGCCGAGCUUGAGAACUCCAAGGAUGAGCUCGCGAGACAAAUUCAGAGCUCCAGAUCCCACUCCGAAUCGCUCGAAAGCAUGCGUCACGAAUCCCAAUAUCUCUUGAGAGCUAAGGCUGAAUACUCCGAUGAGAUUGUCCGACUCAAGGAGAAGGUCAAGUCAUUGAGUGCAAAGCUUCAGGACAAGGAGAAUUUCCCACCCAAGAAUGGCAAGUCCAUCGACCCUUCGCUUGCUGAUGAGUUUGCUCAAGUUAAGCUCAAGUUGAACGAGUCCAACGCUAUGAUAAGGAAGGAAAAGUUCGAGAACCAGAAGCUCAACGAGGAAGUGAAGGCCCUUCGUGAAAAGGUCAACGACACUUUUGAGAGUCCUCUGAAGAGAAGCGAGCUUCGCAGAUCAAUGGCUAUGGGAGAAGAAGCCAAGAUGAGUCUUUCCAAUGGCACCAGAACGUUCGAGGAGAUAAAGAACUUGAGGGCGCGGUUGCAACAAGAGGAGGCUAAUGUCAACAGAGCAGAGAAUUAUGCUGUCGAGCUUCAGAAGAAGUUGAACAAGCUUCAGAUGACCAGAGGCAUCAACAGUGCUUCUGACUUUGAGGUGAAGUACAAGGAGUCUCAAAAACGUAUCGUUGAGCUUGAGAAACAGGUUGGUCAAGCCAUGCUGAUGAGCUCCCACUCCAACGGUUCAACUACAUCGUCUCCGCUGUUGCCUUCUGAACUGAGCUCUUCACUUACUCCAAGCAGCAGUAUUGGUACCAUCAGCAGCAUCACCAACAGCGGCGACUUUGCCAAGAUCUACAAGGAUAUCGUUGGCACUUUGCGUACUACCAGAGACGAAUUGAGCAAAUCCAAGAGUGAAAUUCUUCGACUCAAAUCAUUGCUUCGUGAAAGUGAGGACGAAUUAUAUGAAGCCAAGAGAAGUGGCGUCAAGACUGCAAUUCUGGACUACGAACAAGAACUCGCCAAGAUCAAGGUGCAAAACAACUCUCUCAAUAAGCGCCAUGAGGAACUUCAGCACGAGGAAUAUUACGAUAAGCUUGAGCUUGCAGAGUCAGCGGUUGGCAUCAGUAAGAGACACGAGGAGCUGGCCCGCAAGGAGCUUGAACUGAAAACAACAGAAUUGAAACUCUUACGAGAAGAGGUUCGAGCAAGCGAGCGAGUGAUCAAGCAGUUGCGACAAGCCAAAAACGAGCUUGAAGAGUCUCUGAAAAAACAGCUUCAUCGGGAGCAGCAGUUGGAGUCUUCUAUCAAACAAUUGGAGGAUCAGUUGCAGUAUUUGAACGACAACUAUGGUGAAAAGAAGCACAAGAUUGGGGAGCACAAGGAAGAGAUCCGGAUCUUGCGCCAAGAUAUCAAGUUCAAGAUGGAGAAGGAGACUGAAUUGAUCAAGGACAAUCAAAGAUUGAAGCUUCAGAACGAUGAAUUAGCCCGAAUUAAAAAGGAAGUGAUGGCAGAAAACGAGGAAGUGUCCGAGGAAAAUGAUAAGAUAUCUGGCGAGAACGAAGACCUCAAGGUGGAAAAUGAAAACCUUAAGAAUGACAAGCUCGCCUAUGAAAGGAAGAUGGACAAUCACACCAAACAGAUGACCACGUUCAAGAAGCUACUCGAGGACAAUGCAAAAGAAAUGGAGGAAUUGAACGGCUUGAAUAGACUGCUCGAGGAUACAAAGGCACGGCUCGAAGAGGAAGUCGCAACGCUUGAAGAUACAAUCAGAGACACACGUGGGAACUUGGACCUCGUGAGAGAGCACUUGUCCGAGGUUGAGCAGGAAAAGAGCAAUUUGAAGGAUGAGCUCCGAACCAUCAAGGGCCGUUGGGACAGCAGUGAUGGGCAGUACAAGGAAGCCAAGACGGAGAUCUUGGUGAUGACGCAGGAAAACGAGAGUAUCAAGAAGGUCAAUGAGGAGCUCAAGAGAAAAAUUGGCGAUCUCGAGGAGAAGCUAUACCUGAAUGAUCAGCUCAAGUAUUUGGAGCAGAAUGUCGGCAAGCUUAAUUCGCAGGUUGACCGAUUAAAGCACCAGCUUGCAGAAGGCGAGUUGCGUGAGGAAAAGCUUGAGAAGCAGAUCCGGACGCUAGAGUUUGACAAUGAGAGCAAGACGACGCAAAUGAAGCGGUACAACGACGAGAACUUCAACUACCAGAACAUGGUGAACCAGUACACGAGCAAAGUGGAGUUUCUUCAUCAGGAAAACAGCGAAAAGGAUCUCAAGAUCAAAACGCAGGCCCGGGAACUUGCAGACUUACGCGAGAGGCUUCUCAUGUUUGAAAAGGACCGCCUAAUGAGAGAGUAA